AUGGCCGGCGAACACGAGCAAUACGCUAACCCUCUGCUCCUCGACUGGGUCAAGGAGUGGCUGGACACUGCGAGGGAACGGAACAUGAAGAGCACUUCUACUUAUCGGAAUGCCUACGAGUCUCUCAAAGCAUGCCCCAUCACUUUCAAGCAUCCACGCCAGCUCACCCAGCUCAAGGGCUUUGGCGACAAGCUCUCUUCUCGCCUGACAGAUAAGCUCAAGGAACAUUGCGAGUCCAACGGCUUGCCGAUGCCUAAGAACCCAUGCUUAUCCAAGGAAGACCGCGCAUCCCUCGGCCGCGCUGCUGAAGAUGACGAGCCUCCUCCGCCCAAGAAGGCCCGGAAGGCAAAGCCAUACGUCCCAACAUAUCGCUCGGGCGCCUACGCUCUUUUACUAUCUCUCUCCACGCUAGACAAGGGUACUCAAUUUGGAAUAACCAAAGCCAUCCUCACAGAGCUGGCCCAGGAACACUGUGACGCGUCCUUCUCGGCGCCGAGUGACAAUAGCAAGUCCUAUACGGCAUGGAACUCGAUGAAGACACUCCUCGAGAAAGACCUCGUAUGCGAGAAAGGCCGCCCACAAAGGCGGUAUUCUCUAACUGACGAGGGAUGGGAAGUUGCUGAACGCAUCAAAAGGACGACAGAAGCAAGCGGUCCUGCCGAUUACACUGUUGCAGGCCCCAGUACAAAGGCCGGUCCUGCAACGGGAUUCGAUCCGAUCUCUAUGCCGCUGAACAGAGAAGCUUCGCCAUCUAUCGAGCCAGUGGAACAGCCAAGGGCCACAUCAGCUUACGAAAGCGUCGUCGCGAAUGGGCCCGUGGUCUUGGACAAGGCGUCGCUACCAACUUUCACCCCGAUUCGGCUCGCGCCUGGUUCUUUCACAGUUCAUCUCGCUCUGGAUUUCCGUGAAAUUCGAGCAGUCAAGGAUCGCGACUAUAUGCAAGAUGAGCUCACCAAAAAGGGCGUGAAGCCCAUCAUGCGAGCUCUGGAAGUCGGCGACGCGCAAUGGAUUGCGAAAUGCCACGAUCCUGCCGUCCUAUCCCGCCACGGCGCAGAGGGAGACGAGGUUGUGUUAGAUUGGAUUGUCGAGCGCAAGCGACUUGAUGAUCUCGUCAGCAGUAUCAAGGAUGGCCGUUUUCACGAGCAGAAAUUUCGUCUCCGGAAAUCUGCAGUCAAGCAUGUUGUCUACAUCGUGGAGGAGAUUACCAUGGACUCGGCCUAUUUCUCCAAGAUUGAGGAGAUGAUCCAGUCCGCCACCGCGUCCACGCAAGUAGUUAAUGGCUACUUUCUCAAGAAAACCCAGAAGAUGGACGAUACGAUUCGGUAUCUUGCGCGGAUGACUUCCAUGCUCAAGAAGAUGUAUGAAUGCAAACCUCUUUUGGUGGUUCCGACCCCGGUCUUGACAGCGCAGAAUUACUUGCCGCUGCUGGAGCACCUUCGGGAGAAAGAGCCCACGACGGGUUAUUAUAUCACAUACGCGGCCUUUGCGUCGUUAGCGUCCAAGUCGGACAUGAUGACCUUGCGAGAUGUUUACCUGAAAAUGCUCAUGACAACUAGGGGCAUUACGGGGGAGAAAGCCUUGGAGAUUCAGAAGCGGUGGAGGACGCCUCGUGACUUUAUCAAGGCGUUCCAAGAGUGCGGUUCAGGCGAGCAAGGGCGUAAGAGGAAACGAGAGAUGGUUAUCAGCGGCCUACCUAAUCUCGUAGGGCGCAAGAAGAUUGCCAAGGCCGUCAGUCAACGGUUGGCCGAGGUCUGGGGUGAUGCAUGA